CUGGAUCCUUGUCUUAAUGUAAACUGCCCAUCUUUUGGAGUCUGCAAGACAUACAGUGCUCAUAGGGGAAGCACGCUGCGUGUGUUUUGACGACUGCCCCACCUAUCAGGACUCAGUAUGCACUGCCAACGGAACAACUUACGACAACAAAUGCUGCCACGAGUUGAGCUACUGCAGGGGACUGGACAAUAUCCUUGUUUACCACCCUGGGAGCUGUGAAGGUUGGUUAGAGAGACCCCUUAACACAGUCCUCGAAGUUAUGAAAAUGAAUUGGAGCAUAAGACAAAACGCUGUGGUCCAGGGUUUAGAGAAGGGGGAGAUAGUUAAUACAAAAGAUGAGUUUCGUUCUUAUUUACGUCAUGUGCUCUUUCCAAAGGUUUCCCGGUUGUUCGUGGCCGUGUGGACCUUCAUCGAAUCCCAAAGUGGACAGAUUCCACUUGCCAGACGGUAGAUUUCACGCCGUAUCGCUUUUACCCAGAAAAACAAGUUCAUGUUCAAGUUGCUGUUAAUCACAUGAAAUUAAAUGACUCCGAGACAGUCCACGAUGCUGUCACAUCAUGGACUGAAAGUGUUAACUCUAAAAACUUUACAGUAUGCGUCAUGCAGACAGGAAGGAACAGUGGAGAGAGAUUUAAUCCGUUCACGACAGUUGAUUGGCUGGCUUACCAAGGAGCACCACCCAAUGGAUUGACGGGAAGGAUUAAGGUGCAAGACUGGUGGUCUGGUACGAAAUGUGCUCAAGUGGCUUAUCCCAAGGUAAGGGAAACGUCGAAAUGAGCCUGUGAUGACAGAUAAUGUUUAACGAUUAUGUGUUCCUUUGUAAAUAGAACGAUGACGUAGAGGUAACUUCCGACUCUAAAUAUCUUAUGUCCUACUUUUUCUAUCUUUACAGAAUAAGUUCAAGGAGACACCUAUAGUUCUUGUAACCGCGGAACACUUGAGCACUGGAAAGGAGUAUGAUGCAUCCCUAAUAUGGACAGAAGAUCCAAAUAAGGAUUCGUUUAAAGUCUGUCUUCGUGAAAUGCAAAACUUUGAUGUAAAACAUGAAGACAUUGCC